UUGAAUUUCCCCAAGAAACAUUGGAACCCGACGUUAACCGUUAAAAAUCCCCAAUUGGUGGUAUCCCCACACAAUCAUCUCCGUCAUAAUCGACUCAAAUCAGGUCCGGCGUCGAAUUUUAUCGAAAACCCAUCUCCGGAUUGGGCAAAAGCUGAUUGAUUUGGGGGAAAAAAAUCCACCGGAAUGUCCUUAGGGCAAAAAAGUUCGGCGGAUCCUGGUGCGAUGCUCACUUCUCUUUUGAACAAGCGAGAGAAGCUCCGGCAAGAGUUACGGAGCAUCGAGAAACAGGUUUAUGAAUUGGAGACAAGCUAUCUUCAAGAAUCGAGUCAUAUAGGAAAUGCGUUGAAGGGCUUUGAAGGGUUCCUGUCUUCUUCGAAAAGUUCUGCUAGUGCUAAGAGGUCAAGGAAGUUUCAACCUGAAGACAGAGUCUUCUCAUUGUCCUCAGUCACGUCACCGGCUGCUGAAGAACUUGGUGUUGGAAGAGAAGAUGGACGAGCUGAAUUGGGGCCAGGGAGAUCCAAGGGUGGAUUAUCCACGGGACAGGGAAAACCGAAGAAAGGGAGAGGACAAGCAGUGGCAAGAGAGGCAAAGAGAAGUAGACCAUCUACAGAACCAGAUUAUGACGACGAAGAUGAUCCGGAUAUGAGUUUGUACACACCCGGUUCACUCAUCUAAGACUUUUUUUUUUCUGUUUGGUACCUGAAACAGUAAGAAACUAAUCAGGUUGUAAAUUUUUAUUUGCAUCCGAGAACAGAACAAAAUUAGAUCUAGGAACUACUAUUGCAGCUUUGUAUCAUCUCAAUUAAUGUGAAGUUGGAAUGAGAGUUUUAUCAAAUAGUUCUUGGAAAACAUUAGUCUUGAGA